AUGAAUGGUUCCAGCCAGUCAACAUCGCAAGAUCUAGUUCUAGAACGACUCGAGGCUGCCAUCCCUAAAAUCAAAGAAGCGAGAGAUGUCUGCGAAGCCCCCUCAGUAUCCUUUGGUGUCUUGUAUGGGCCCGAGACUGUCUUCACCGAGAGCAUCGGUUUUCGCGACGUAGAGAACGAACAACCUGCUGAUAAACAUACAUCCUAUCACAUCGGCUCAUGUGCAAAAAUGUUUACAUCCACUACGUUGGGGAUAUUAGUUGAUGAAGGCAAGAUAUCAUGGCAUGAUACGGUCAAAAAGCAUCUCGAUGACUUCGACCCUGUGGAAGAUCGCGAAAUCGGAAAGAAAGCCACCAUCAGAGAUGUUUGCAGACAUUCGACUGGGCUAGCCAAUCCCAACGUCAUCUUUAUGGGCCCCCAUGGCACUCCAGCUAUCAAGUCGGAUGAGUAUAUGAAAAUGAUCAAUGCCCUCCCAACGGCGAACAAGCACGGGCAGCGGUUCAACAACUGGUGGUACUACAGUAAUGCGGCAUAUGGUCUACUCGGUUUGAUCGUGAAAGCUGUUGCCAAAGUGGACUUUGCUACGUUUCUUCGAACCCGUAUAUGCAACCCCCUUGGCCUAAAAGAUACCCUUCUCACCGAGGGUGACGUGACUAAUAGCAAUAAUCUGGCUCAUCCAUAUGUCAAGAAAGAUGGUGAAUGGCAUAAAAUAAAUAAUGGCCUUACCUCUGAGGGGCACAGUCAUACACUUCCGUUUCUUGGCAUACGCUCUUCUGUGAGUGACAUGUUGCUGUUUGGAGGCGCAGUGAUGGAUCGCUAUGCAAAGGAGCAGGAGAGCCCGUCCGAGAACAAAGAGGCGCCUGAAUCGGGUGUCUCUUGGUCCAAGAGGCUCUGGCGUCUUGGACAGACCUUGGGAUUGAUUGCAGGAUCCAAAGAGAAUCCUCUAAGACAGAUUUCUUCCAUCUGGAGGUGGCAUUGGACUCGGCCCUGUGACGAUGGCUUUGAUAAUAAGACAGCCUACAUGCUAGGCUGGCUUCGCACCACCCUGCCAACAGCUGCUCUACCACUUCUCUCAUAUAACUCCUAUCCUACAAAAAAGGAGUACAUCAUCGGAAGAGAGUCCCCGCCUCAAGUGUUAUACGGCCACUCUGGAUGCGUCAAUGGCUCUGUCGCCACCAUGUACGUGAUACCGCAAUCUGGAAUUGCAGUGGUAGCCUUGAGCAAUGCAGCAGAUGCUGGUGAUGCAUCAAACACCACCGUUCAGAUCCUGCUGCAAGCUGUUUUCGACUUGGGCCCCAAGGUUGAUCUCAUCCUCUCGCUCGAAGAAUCCAAGCAAUGGAAACUGGACCAGCACCGAGAUAUGGUCGAUGAGUGGAGGAAGCACAGAGAUGUAGGAAAAUACAAUUGCAAUGCUCAGGACCUUAUUGGAACCUACCACGGCCUUGGAGCGUCUAUCAUCGACAUCAAGGAGAGCAACAAGUCCGACUCAGGCCUAGCUGUUGUCUUCGGCCGCCAAGACGCGUCCACGUGUCAACUGGAUAGAUUUAAUCGAGACGCGCUUAGUUUCCUUCCGACGGAUCACAAGGAAAUUCUAGAGAGAGCUAUGAUCGAUUGGGAUUACUGGACUGUUGGCGUUUUCUGGUUUGUGAGGGAGGAUGAGACUCAACCGAACAGCCCGAUCGUUGGACUGAGAUGGAAAUGGGAAGAAUAUGAGGAUUCAACCCUCUGGGUGAAACAGAACGACAAAAACGAAUGGACCGAGGAACAGUACGAUGCUGUCGUCAAAAAGCAUGGGAAAUUUUUGGAGGAACCUUGGGCCGAGCUCGUCCCUACCGCAAAUGGCAAUGGUGGCAGCAACUUCAACGGCAUGGAGAAAGUUGGAGCUCACGUCACCUAUCAGGCAGUCGAUACAACUACAACUGCUGCUUGA